GUUGACAUCACAAAGAACUGUUUCAAGGCUCCAGAGUAUGAAAUUGAGUACUCCAAAUAUGCAUUUACUAUUUCGGACAAAUGUAACCAUGUGUUGAUAUGUAUUGGCGACAUGGACAAAAUGUACAGUGAUGUUACAGUGAGUGCAGAUAUCACCAACGAGCAAACAUCCCUCUGUGUUUUCCUUACACGGUUCAGGUUUGAUGAACAACAGAAUGUGAACAUCAAUAUUUUCGCAAAUAUCACAGAAAGCACUGUUGUAUAUGAUGACUGUAUAAUUGGCACAUUUGCUCCAUCGAUAAAAUACGCCCCAGGUUUUUAUGCUAAACGUCAUAAUGUUGUUGUUAAUGACACAAUCAUUAAAUCUCUCUCAUCUGAUGGAUUUAAAGGUAUUGACGAUAAACAUCUUGAGAAGGUGAAGAUUGUAGCAAGAAAUGAUGUCCCAUUUGAUGAUAUUCGUUUUAACUCCAAUGGUGCUCCAUUAGAGUGGUUUUCUAUAGAAACUAGUGCUAGUGAGUUUGCAAGUAACAUGCUGCUUCCUUUAACAAAACGGCUUGGACUCGGGUUUAAUAGUAUGACAUCAGUGCCAGAUGGCUUCAUAUCUAAUCAACCAGAAGUAGUAUAUUUGUAUCUAGAUAAUAAUAAUUUAACAACUCUGACUAGCAAUUUAUUUAAAGACCCAAGCAAAGCCACAGAACUUGAUCAAAUCUAUUUGAAUAAAAACCAGAUAUCUAACAUUGAUAAUAAUGCCUUUGAAGGUCUGGGUGAUGUUCUGAUACUAGACAUAUCCAUGAAUAAGCUUGCCAUUUUAAAAGAUGACGGUUUCCAAGGUCUCCAAAGACUUAGAGUAUUACGACUACACUUUAACAAGAUUUCUGAUCUUGAACCCAGUGCAUUCUCUGGCCUACAGGGUUUGAGAUCCCUUUUGUUGUACUUUAAUGAAUUAUCGAUUAUCAAGAAUGAAACUUUCAAGAGUCUUGGAGGUUUAACCCUUCUGGAUCUCAGCUACAAUAAACUAACAGUGCUUGAAGUAAGAGCAUUUUCUGGAUUGCAUAAGCUGGAGGAACUAGAUCUGAGGAACAACUUCCUGACAAAACUUCAAAACAAUGUUUUCGAUGACCUCAUAAGUGUCAAAACAGUCCAUCUCUAUAACAACAUGAUAAAAUCAAUUGAGGUUAAUGCAUUCUCCGGUCUGCGAAAUGUUUAUUUUCUAAGCUUGCGAAAUAACAUGAUUGAGAAAUUGGAAAAUGGCACAUUUACGCAACUUGAAAACCUAGGGACUCUCUUCUUAUCUUAUAACAAACUUACUGAGAUAUGUUCUGGUAUUCUAAAUGGUCCACUGAUGCUUAGUGAGCUUCAUUUAAACAACAAUAACUUAAAGGUACUGAAAAACAAAAUGUUUGAAAAUGUGAAGACUCUAGAGUACCUUGAUUUAAAUUACAACAAAAUAUCUCAUAUUGAAUCCAAAGUAUUCUUUGGUUUAGAGAAUAUGGUACAUUUGAACUUCAACAGUAAACUUAAAGAAAAUACCCCUGAUACAUUAGAACAACUCAUUAAAGCUCUUGUGCACCAGCCUUAUAUAAUGUUUAUGUCAUUAAGUGACAAUAAGAUAAAGGACCUGCCUGAUCAGACCUUUAAAUCUCUAACUAUGUUAGAUACAUUAAAUCUGACACAUAAUGACCUCGAGAAAAUAUCUUCAAGUGCGUUUGGCGCCCCUGAACAGCUUAGAGAGCUCAUGUUAUCAAGAAACAAAUUUAAAUCUGUCAAGAGAAACACUUUUAAUGACUUUACAGGUCUAUCACAUCUUUACCUUGACUUUAACAAAAUUAAAUUUUGCCAGAAGAAUGCAUUUAAGGGAGCAAACAGUUUAGAGACGUUGUACCUUGAUAAUAAUGUGAUUAAAGAAAUAAACAACCCUGAUAUUUGGACAGACCUUGAAUCUCUUAAAACACUUCACCUCAACAAUAACCAAAUCAAGGUGUUGCAAGAUAAAGCAUUUGUUAGACUAAAAUCCAUUGAACAGCUUAGGUUAGACUUUAACCUUAUUUCUGACAUCAGUCCCUUGGCAUUUAAAGGGUUAAACACACUUGCGAAUUUAAAUUUAUCCAAUAACAAGAUCGAGUCCAUCGAAAGUGAUGUUUUUGAACACAUCACUGGUUUAAAACAUCUUGAUCUGUCAUAUAACUUGAUCAAGAGCGUAGGUGCCAAAACAUUCACUCCACUGCGGUCGAUCCAAGAAUUGCUCCUCUCAAAUAACAAAAUUGAAUCUUUCAACUCCAACGCCCUUGUUCAUAUGAGUGCUUUGAAUAAAGUUCAUUUAGAGAAUAACAACCUGAAAAGUGUUCCAAAGUUGAAUUUAACAGACGAGAGACAGAUCAAAUUGUACCUAACAGGGAAUGGUAUCACCUACCUCCCUUUAAAUACCAACCAGAAGUUUGUGUAUGUUGAAUAUGAAAAGAAAGUGGCAAAUUGUUCGUGUGAGCAACUCAAUAAGGUGUUCAACACAUAUGAAUCCCAUUUCUUCCCAGUGCAAUGUCUCAAUACUGGUAUGACUCUUCAAUGGUAUGACUACCCUUGGGAAGACCAACUAUGUCAAAAUGUUGACAAUACGGUGCUGAGGCCUAACAAUUAGUCAAAGAUGUGAGUUUGAGCAGCCCCAGACUUUCAAAUGCUAUUGUAUGCAUCUAAAAAAUGCAUUUUUAUUGUAUUUACACUAGAUUUCGUAUUCAAUAGUGCUCCAAGUAGUGAUCUGAAUUCUAGCCUCGAGAACAUCCAUUUCAACUUGGAUAUUUUGGGGCAAAUACCUACAAGUGAUACUGAAAACUUUAUAUAAGUCAUAUUGUCACAUAUAGAUAAAAACGCCAAUCUAUUUUUUGCAGUAGCUUGCAAACUAACUAUUUACUAUUCAUUUCAUAAAUUGCUAUAUGAUAGUGACUUUGUUCUGAAUAUAAGAAGAAAUGCAUACACAGUCGACCAUGUUGCCUUUUAUAGAAAUUUCUAUUCAGACCGUGACCUUGUUCUGAAUACUAGUUUGCAGACCUAAUAUGUCUUAGCCCAUAUUAGUAAGAACAUGUUUAUACAGAUUACCAUGUUGCCCUGUAUAGAAAUUUCUAGAGAGAAACACAUAUUGUUCUAAACAAGAAAUUAUGCAUCUUAUAAAGGGUGACCAAAAACAGUAGAACCAAUUUCUUUAUUGAAAGACUUGUUGGUUCUGUUUUAGGUCACCCUGUAUGUGUUACAAGCCAAUAUUGGAAUUUCUUUAUAAAAGCCAAAAAUUGAAUUUCAUAAUAUAAUUCUAUAUAGAAAUGGCUGUUAUUCUCGUAUAAUACUUUAUAAAAAGCAUUUAGGUAAAUGAACCUUAAUUCAAAAUCAUAUAAGAACAGAAUGUGUUUUGUUGGCAGAUCUAUAUCUGAUCAAAAUCUAGAUAUUUUUGUAAAUAUUAAGCUUUUAUUAAUAAAUAAAUUUAUGUGGAUUUACAGAUGACUUCUCUAUUU